UCCACUGUUUAGGCGUUAAACACCAGGAAUGACAGCUCUUUCGAAUAAUUAAAUUUGACUGUAUCCUUAUCUUAAUAAAUUCAAGCUCUUGAAAUUAUUUCCUUAAAAUAGGUGUUCUCCAGGUAUAUUGAUCAUGGCAGUGGCACUGGCGGUGAUCAACAAGGACAAUUCGCCACUCUAUCUACGCACGGUGGCUGACCCGAUGGAUGCAGAACUGUCUCACAAAUUAAUGUACAUGCUUCACACGUCACUGGACGUUGUUGAAGAAAAGAUCAAUUCUCCGGUACCGGGAAAGAACGAUGCCCGGGAUCUAUGCUUAGGCGUUCUAUAUUCGUUGGAUGAAUAUAAAUUGUAUGGCUACGUAACUAACACCAAGGUGAAGAUGGUGAUCGUGGUGGAACUCAGUGCUGCUGUACAGUUCCGAGAUAAUGACCUACGGAACUGGUUCGGCCGUCUUCACAAUGCGUAUAGCGAACUCGUCUGCAACCCAUUCUACGUUCCCGGCGAACAAAUCUCAUCAAAGAAAUUUGAAGCCGUUGUGAAUGACAUUAUGCGAAAAUAGACCAACGGGAUCAAUUCGUAUUAGGUGGUGUAUGUAUAUGUGCUAGAUAGACAUUAGAAAAAUAAAUAUGUUA